UGUUGGCUUAGCUGAAAUUCCCUUGCAUACGAGAUGGACUUGUUUAUCAAUGGGAUCGGAAUGGAUCAGAAUUGUGGAACAAACCUCGGGGAAUUUUUUCUUGCCCAAUCAGAUCACUGGCUAUUCAACUCCUUUGUACUCUAAUCUGGAAAAUUUGAACAACUACAAAUCGUCUUGCCUUGGUCAUUACCAUUUUAGAUUGGUUUGGCCAGGCUUGGGUUACUUCAAUGAAUGGUUGCAAGAUAAUGACAUGAUUCAGCCCUCGCCAGUUGCCGGGUUCAAAAAGAUUGCGUUAAAAUAUCCGAAUCACUUUGGUGGAUUAUUUUACGUUAACAUUGGUGGACUUAGCUCGGGAGAUCCUGAUGAUACCUUGGCCAAAGGGGAUACCCGGCCUGGAGGAGGAAGUUAUGGAGUCGGUCGAUUUUCGGGUACUUCAGGAAACUUGUUGCCCGGCCCAGUGGGCCGAGACGGUUCCACAAGCAUAGAUGUGGAACACCUUAUCUUAUUCAUUAAAGACGAUUGCAAUUGAAUUAACCAAAAACUGAAAGACAAAGUCAAUAAAAACUGCUUGA